AUGGCGGCCGCCGGCGGGGAAGGCCGUGUGUACCAGAUCAGCCAGGGCGCGUCGCAGCGCACCUUUGAUGGCGCCUAUGUGCGCACCGCGCUCGGCCAGCUCACUUUUGCGCUGACCGUGAUGCGCCUUUUCCAGAAAGAGUUCUUCUGGAUUGGUCUCGCGAACUGCGUGCUGGCCGUCGGGCUAUUUAUUACCGCCGCGCUGCGGUACCGCAUGACGAUGCAGUACGAGGAGAAGGUGAACGAGAUGGUCGACCUGCGCAAGGCGCACAAUAUGCGCGUCGAAGAGGCGCGCGAGGCCGCGGCGGUGGCCCGCGGCGCGCCGCACGACGCACAGCAAGGGGCGCCGCCGCCGGACGACACUACGGCCGACGACCACGACUACCUGCUCCUCCCGCGCUUCCACACGGCCGGCAACGUCGUUGCGUUUAGUACCCUCUUUAUCCUCUUGGUCGAGAUCGCGAUCACCCUUCUCAUUGUCUAUCUCUAG